CUCAUUCUGUCAGCUGCGGCCGGCGCGCGUGCAGCUGGGGAAAGGAGCGGCGUCACAGCACCGGGUGCGCUCCAGUAUACACACGCACAGUGGUCCACCCGCAGUUACUUUCGAGUGUAGUCAUACGGAAUAGGUAUCGUUCUCGCGUCUUCGCACCGUAACUUACUGGAGGCAGUUCGUUCACGUUCCCUCAGCUGUCUGACAUGAACCGCGGAGUGUUUUGACAACCGACCACUGACAGUCUUGGACGCGACAGUUAACGCUUCCGUUAAAGAGCGCACAAACGUAGGCACCUGCUACCCGUGAGCAUGGCGACUGGAGUGCUACCGCCGGACGCGACUCUGGAGUUCCACCUGGUGACGCUGUUCGAGAAGCUGGAGUCGGCGCGCCUGGAGGCGGCGUGCGCCCCCGGGGGCGGAGCGCCCUCGGCCGCGCUGCGCCGGCCGUCGAUGCAGGCCGAGGUGCGCACGCUUGAGUUCUGGCGCUCCAUCAUCUCGGAGUGCCUGGCGUCCUUCUUCUACGUGUUCAUCGUGUGCGGCGGCGCCGCGGCGGCUGUCUCCGGGCCGCCGGCCGGCGGAUCUCCGCUGCUGCUCACCACCGCCGUCGCCACAGGCCUCGCCGUAGCGACGCUCACGCACUGCUUCGGACACAUCUCAGGGGCGCACGCCAACCCCGCGGUGACGGCCGCUCUGCUGGCGACGCGGCGCGUCUCCGUGCUGCGAGCCGCCAUGUUCGUCGCGGCGCAGUGCGGCGGUGGCAUCGCGGGCGCAGCACUGCUCUACGGGGUGACGCUGCCGUCGUCGGGGACCGGCCUGGUGUCCUCUUCGCAGUCCCCGGUGCUCAGCACGCUCGUGUCGCUGCCGCCGCACUUCACCGCCUGGGAGGGCUUCGGCGUCGAGUUCAUCCUGACGUUCGUCGUCGUCUUCACCUACUGCGUCUCCAUGGACUCGUACCGCCGCUGGCUCGGCGGCUCGUCCGUCAGCAUCGGCAUGGCCUAUCUCGCCUGCUCCCUCGUCUCGACUCCAUCGCUAAACCCAGCGAGAGCUCUGGGACCUGCUUUUGUGAUGAACAAGUGGGAAGAUCACUGGGUUCACUGGUUAGGUCCAAUACUUGGAGGUAUUGUGUCUGGUCUGAUCUAUGAAUAUAUUUUCAACCCGAGAAGGCAUUUCCAUCAUCAGAAGGAGUCAAUUGAUGGAGAUUCAUCAAGCAUCCACUCUGAUGAAGACCCAUAUGAUGAACUGGAGAAGCCGUCUGGUCCUAAGUUUAAUGGCUCCACAUACAACACACUACGCGCCACAGACUUGUACCGAUCAGCAGUUAACCAGGCAGGACCACCAACUCCAGCCUCACCAACAGGUCCUGGUAAUGCUUAUUGUCCAAGUUUGACAACAGCCAGUCUCUACUCAGCACCACCCUGUAAACUUGACAGAGUGGAGUCUUUGUAUGGAGGCACCAAAUCACUGUAUGCAAAAUCACCACCAUUGACAAGAGCUAAUCUGAACCGUUCACAGUCUGUGUACAGCAAAGUGCCUUCAGGCCCUGCCUGUGCACAGAGGGAUGGACUUCCAAGACCUGGGCCUCUGGUGCCAGCACAAUCUUUGUAUCCUAUGAGGUUCAACCAAAACCUCAAUGUUACCAACCAAAAUGCUCAAAACCAGCAAAGCCAGCUGCAGCAAAGAUCAGAUAGUAUCUAUGGAGUUCGUGGAGUAGCGACAGUUGCAAGUCGUCCUGAGGCAGGUGGUGUAUACGGUGUAAGUCAGUGCAGUAGUGGGACUGGAUGCAACACAGGGACAAACAAAUAUGGUGGAGGUUCUGCUCGCCCAGAGUCAAUGUACGGCAUAAUAUCACGCAGACAGGAUUCAGCAGAUUCUUCGUAUGGGUCUUAUCACAGUGGUGGAGGUGCAAGCACUGCCAACAGUUCUUCGACAAGAGGUGGUGUAUCAGUAAAUGGAGCAACUAAUAGUGUUAAUACUAGUGGACCUCCCAGUUAUACAAAUAAUAAGUGUAGUUCUUCAGGAGCAACACAGGGAUUUAAUCCAACUAGGAAUGAACUGAGACAAUCACCUCAGCAUCAACUGCUGUCACCUAACCCUACAUCAGUGGUCAACCCUACUAAUUCAGUAGCUUCAUAUCACCAAAAUCAGAGGCACUCACCGAAUACUCAGUAUUAAGUAAAUGAAGGAGAAAAAUUUAGCAAGAAGUAUAUACUCAUCUGUGUCAUAGCUGAGGUGCUGUGACACUUUUAAGACAUUCAUGUAAUGAGUAGAACUGAACUGGAACUGCAGGCAAAAUUCACAUGACUGAAUAAGACAAUGCCUGUGCCACUCCAGAAAAUAAUUUUGAUGUGUAAUACAUCAUUCACUUGUAUACUCAUCUUUUGAAGAUUAAUGGUAGGGUGGAGUGAUGCUAUGAUACUGAUAGGCUGUAUUGUGGGUUACCAUUUUCCUCACAGUGCAUUAUGUUGGCAUUUUUAUGUAACCUAGUUUAUGUAAUGCUGAUUAGCACAGUUUCUUCAUUAACUGUGCACUGUAUAUAGCAGACAUUGACUAGAUUUUUUUUAGUUAACUGUUUUUUAACCAAAGGUUUGUUUGAAGAAAUAUGUUGUUAUACUUCAGAUUCUGUUAUUGUAUACAGCUCCUUUGUAUCUGUGUCUAUGUUUUUGUUAUGCUAUAAAGAAAGAGUUAGUUUAGAUAAGUCUUUGUUUCUUUUUCUGUUUCAUUAUAUAUGUUUCAUAUUCAUAAUUUUACUCUUCCCUUUUCACUGCAAAUUUUACAAGUUCAAGUGUGGUUGUGAAGAUACAAACCUUUCCAGAAAAUAAAUGCAUUUCAUUUGCAGUGUACUAUUGUGUAUUGCCAUAAAAUACUAAAUAAUAUAAAGUGGUCUUUAUACAACUUGUCAGUUGAAAGGAAGCAAGAUAUAUAUCAACUUACAUUUAUAUAUUAUGUGUAUAUACUGCCACUGUUGUAUAUUGUGCAAUCUUGAAUUGUACCGAUUGAGAUGUUAUACCUUUUAAGCCACUUUGAACAAAAAAUGUAAAUAGAAUUUCUUUAUUUAACACACCAUAAGUGGUAAAUACACUUCUUUGAUGGAAUCAUUUUAAUGUGCAGUCAUGAGUUCCUAUAAAGAAGUAGAACCCAGAACCCAAAAAACUUGAAAUAAACAAGUUAAUGUUAAUUUGAACUUUUGUAUUAUCAAGAGUUCUAGAUAAAAAUCUGAUAUGCCACUGGAAAUUAAAAUUGUAGUUUUUAUUCCAAUGUUCAAACAAUGUAAUUGGAUGAUCAAAUGUUUGAAUUAUUUGUAAGAUUAAAUGUUUUUAUGUAACACUGUGUUCAAGAACUUGUGUAAGCAUUGUCAAAUUAUUAUACUGUAUGUAAAAGAUAUCUGGCCUUCCAAAUGACACCACAGAAAAUCCAAACACCACAGAAAAAUUCAAACAAGAAAUCAAAGCUGAAAUCUGCAAUAAUGCAAACAAGAACACAAUACUCUGAUACUGAAUUUAUACCACAACUGCUGGAGAAGGUUAAUUUUCUGAAAUUAGAGUUCUGGUAUGAUAAUCUCUAUAUUAUUGUAAAAUAUUUAUAAAACUUGAAUAUAAGAAAAAUUACUUUGCUGCAAUAAAUUGUGACUGUGAAAGAAUGAUAUUAGCAGUGGAGAGCAAAUUUGUUUUUUAAGAUGGUUUUCACUAUUUAUUUUUUUUACUCUUAAGCAAAAGGGACAAUUCCACAUUAAAUGCAAUGUGUGGAUAAGGUUACAGGGAACUCAGUUACAUAGCUUGUUUGUCAGAAGAUAGUAAGUUAUGUAGUUUCAAUGCAUUGUUUGUGGAUGCAGUAAUUACUGCAUUAAUGACGUGUCGAAACACUCUUCAGAUUGUAAGGUGAUUCAUCUGCACAUGAAUUUUGUUGAUUAAAGGAGGAUUUAUGGAGGGUUUACAGUGCUAUGCAAGGAAAAUAAUAUUUAAUGGAACAUAUAUUUUAAAUUCUGGGAGUAAUCUUAUUAUACUAGUGGCACACAGUUUGUGAUUUGCUCAACUUGUUGAACAAAGAACUGACUGAAUUUCAUUUAUAGAAUGUUAUUACUCUUCUGUGAACCAGUUCUGUCCUUGUGUAAAAAUAGAAGGCAUGAUGCAUUUACAAUGUAAAAUGGCAUAUUCACUUGUGGAAUUUGUUUAGCUGUGGAAUGAUACUUCAUUUGUUAUAUUUUCAUUAUAGGUAAUGUUUUAAAUGCAUUUUUCUUAGCAGGAGGAACAUUGUACAAAAUUUGAGUUUUGAUUCUCUGGACUAUAAAUUAUUCUGUGUAAUGUGCUUGGAAAAAGAUAAAAAUGAAGAAAUAGGUCACAGAAAUUUUCUAAAAGUAUUCAUGCUCAUGUAACUGUCUGUUUAGUAUUCUUCUUAUGUAUCCCACAUUUCUCAUCUUGAUGAAUGUUUUAGAAUAAAUCUACUAAGUUUUUUCCUUACAUACCUUGUAGCACAAAAUGUCUAGGCAAUUAGAUUUAUUAUGGAUGAAAAUGCUACCUCAGGAAGUCUGAUACUGUUACAUAGAAAGACUAGAUUAAAACUGGUAGUACUUGUAUGACUCUGCAAUAAAAAGAUUGUGAAACUCUUAAAGAA